UUGGAAGCGCUCAGGAGACUCCGUGUGCCUCACUUUGAAUGCUGCAUGUUGACUUUUCAUUCAGAGUCGGUGCAUCUAUGUGCACUUAGAUCUCGUAGACUUGUUUUCUGUCUGCCUUUUUUAUUAAGGUUUCCUGACUUAUUGUUUAACCCUCUCGCUGCUUUGGAAGAAGAAAAGUUGUCUCCGAGGUGAGGGAUAAUUGGAUGCUUGUACGUGCAAAUACACAAGCCGGUUAAAUGUCAAUGCUAUCCUCCAGCAGCUUAAAGACUGAGUUAGACUGACGAUAUUUGCGGAAAUGAACACCUCACAUCUUCAUGGACUGCAUCAUUCUUUUAGAAACCACAGCCAGGGUGCUUUACCCGUUGGUAAGGUUGCUCAGGGUGAGAGAGAAUCUGCAUCUGGAUGCUAUGAGCAACUGCUCAUCUCCACAGAGGUCUUCCUCACACUUGGACUCGUGAGUCUCCUGGAGAACAUUCUGGUGAUCGCAGCCAUCGUCAAGAACAAGAACCUUCAUUCUCCAAUGUAUUUCUUUAUCUGCAGUCUGGCCGUGGCAGACCUGCUGGUCAGUGUCUCCAAUGCCUCGGAAACGGUGGUCAUCGCGCUCAUCACAGGGGGCAACCUGACCAAUCGUGAGAGCAUCAUCAAGAACAUGGACAACAUUUUCGAUUCUAUGAUCUGCAGCUCGCUGCUAGCGUCCAUUUGGAGUUUGUUAGCUAUCGCCGUGGACCGUUACAUCACCAUCUUCUAUGCCUUGCGCUACCACAACAUCAUGACCCAGCGGCGGGCGGGCAUCAUUAUAACCUGCAUCUGGACCUUCUGCACCGUCUCCGGGGUGCUCUUUAUUGUUUAUUCUGAGAGCACCACCGUUCUCAUCUGCCUUAUUAGCAUGUUUUUCACCAUGCUGGCUCUCAUGGCCUCGCUCUACGUCCACAUGUUUCUCCUUGCCCGGCUGCACAUGAAACGCAUUGCUGCCCUCCCUGGUAAUGCCCCUAUCUGGCAGGCGGCGAACAUGAAGGGGGCCAUCACCAUUACUAUCCUUCUCGGGGUGUUUGUGGUUUGCUGGGCUCCUUUCUUCUUGCACCUUAUCCUCAUGAUCUCAUGCCCCCGUAACCCAUACUGUGUCUGCUUUAUGUCCCAUUUUAACAUGUAUCUCAUUCUGAUGAUGUGCAACUCGGUCAUUGACCCUCUCAUCUAUGCCUUCAGGAGCCAAGAAAUGAGAAAGACCUUUAAGGAGAUUUGCUGCUGUUGGUACGGACUAACCUCUCUCUGUGUCUAAGCUUGUGCACUCUGUACUAUCAUACAAAGAGAAAAUGCAGUAAAUACACUGUGAAAACUAAUGACUUAUGAACUAAAACAAGUCUUUUGAACUGUGUACUGUGAAUUGGGUGAAUAAUGAAGUUUGAAGACAAAUUUUAAAUGAAUUAAAAUUUUAAAAUGCCAGUUUUCUAUAUUUAUUGUAUCUUAUAUAUUAUACGUUUAUUUCUAAGUAUUGUGUGUAACCGCUGUGAGAUUUUAUAAGAUGGUGGGAAGUUGUUUAAGGCUAAAUUCUAUAUGCCUUUUAACACGAUACCUAGCAACCAGCGAUGGAUGAUGCUGAGCAUGUAUGUGAUCUAAUGACAGCACAUUGCUUUUUUGUAUGAUGAGUGUGCGCACCUCAUCUGUCACCCGCGGCAAGCAGCACAGAAAUGUAAUAAUAUGACUGUGCUGCUGACAAUACAAAAAUCCACCUGAAAGAAGAUAGAGAGAAAACAGGCACAGCAGCGAGCUCAUGCUAAUCACCCAAGUACUCAGUUUCUAGUCAAAUGUAAAUAUAUUUCAACUGAGAUGAUUUUUAUCAUUUAUCUUAUCUGCUGAAUGAGUUACAUUUAAUAUGCAAGAUCUCACAGUAUUCAAAAGCAUUUUGUGAGAGAGGAUUCCUGGGGCUGGUUGUGUGUGGUUUUGAUUUAACAACUCUAAUUAUGUUGGUCCUUCACUUUACAUCAGUUCUCCAGCUUGAAGACCGUUACAGCACAAGAAAUGUAUUAAGUGUUUACCAUGCUUAUUUAUAUAUAUGUAAUAUUAUAUAUAAGUUAAGAUUAUUUUUUAUUUUUUAAUGCCUAUGGUGACAGUAAAGCAACAUCAAUAUGAGUAAUUAUGCAUCAAUGAUUUUUACUUUAUUAUUCAAUUACAUAAAUACAAAUACACGCACACACACACACACACACGCGUAUAUGGGUCAUUCUACAAAAAAGGUGGAAAUGCUUGUCCCUUGCUUUUGCAGACCCCUUGAUCAUUUAAUUUGACCCAAUAAUCCCAUAAUGAUAUAUAUUUAAUAAAUAUAGACUGUCCUUAACAUGAUGAGAAAGUUUAUUUAUGUACUUUUCUUUUUUUCCCAAUUUUUAAAUGUCUGGUCCUGAAAAUUGCCCUGUCCCUUUGAUUAUACAUGGAAGUUGAACUGUGUACUUAUUAUUUAAAAACAUGUUUUUUAUAAAACAAAUCUAAUUUACAUUUACCUUUAACCCUGUAUGAAUUUACUACAACACUGAAAUGGUAAAAAAAUACACUAUUAAUAUGAAUAAUAUCAAAUAAACAUUUGUCCCCCAAAUUUAUGUCAUUGGUGUUACCCUACCCAAAGCACCUUUAUUUUGAAACAAUGCAUCAGCUCUUUGAAGUUUUUCUUGGGGCAAGAGAUCAGUGGAAGAAGUGCAAUGAGGGAAGGCAAAAAGGUUUUUGAGAUGUCUUACCUUAUUUGUCUAAAAUAUCAUGAUAUAUCUAUGAAUUUUGAGAUAAGAUUUUUUGGAUGUCAUGAGUGUUACUCUUUUUAUUAUAGCUGGGAGUGUUAAGAUCUUUACCUAAAAAUACAUAAUACUGAAAUGGCACAUGGCUAAUGGCGGCCAUUUUGUUAAAAUAUUAGUUUUUUUUGUGUAAAUUGUCCAUUGGUGUUACCAUCAUUGGUGUUACCGUCAUUAGUGUUACUUCUCUAAUGAGUACUUUUUAUAUUCUAAUUUUGUCAUUGGUGUAACAUUGUGUCAUUGGUGUUAAACCAAGUUUUGGUGUUAUGAAUGUAUUUUCUUGUACUUUUUAGUAAUUUUUCUCAGUCUUUUCUUGCUGUUAUCAUUCCUCUACUCAACUUUUAACUAAAUACACAAGCUGUAAUGAGAAAAAAUAUUUAGUAUCAACAUUAAUGUUGUUUAAAUAACAGUAACACCAAUGACAAAUAAAUGACUCAUGGAUUCUUUAUUAAAAUGUAUUAAAAAGUUAGAUUAAGCUCCCCGUUUAAUUAAUUAAUGCUAUUAAAGAUGUUUUGGGUAUAUUGAAAGAAGUUAAUUUAAGCAAAUUUCCAUCACCUGAAUUCCACCUUUUCUGUAGAAUGACCCAUAUAUAUUGUGUUAAAACAACAAAUUUUGUGUCUAAUAUCUAGACACAUAUUUGUGUUAUCAUUGGAACAACACAUUUUAACACACUGUGUAUAUAUA